AUGUUCUAUCCGCUGCGUUUCGAUUCGGUGGAAGAAAUGCAACAACAUCAGACUAAGCACCUGACGGAGAACAAGUUUAAAUGUGAAAUAUGUAGUAAAGAGUUCCCCAGCCAUAGUUCCAUGUGGAAACACACUAAGGCACACACCGGUGAACGACUGAAACCGUUCAAGUGUCCCAUUUGUGAAAAGUGUUUUACACAACAAGCAAACAUGCUGAAACAUCAACUACUUCAUACGGGUAUUAAGCCGUACAAAUGUCCAACUUGUGAUAAGGCAUUUGCACAGCACGCAAACAUGAUGAAACAUCAGAUGCUGCACACCGGGUUGAAGCCGUACAAAUGUGGCACUUGCGAUAAGGCGUUCGCACAACAAGCCAACAUGGUCAAACAUCAGAUGCUGCACACCGGUUUAAAACCGUACAAAUGCAAUACCUGCGGCAAAGCAUUCGCCCAGCAGGCCAACAUGGUCAAACACGAGAUGCUUCAUACGGGAGAAAAACCAUUCAAAUGCAACAGCUGUGAUAAGGCUUUCUCGCAACGUGCCAAUCUGAAGAAGCAUGAGAUGGUGCACCUGGGUAUCCGGCCGCACACGUGUCCACUCUGCACCAAGUCCUACUCGCAGUAUUCCAACCUCAAGAAGCACCUGCUCGUGCACCAGAAGCAGGCACUGAAGCAGGAGCAGCAAAAUGGUCAAGUGACGGUCGUCCUGUACAAUUGCCAAACCUGUAAGAUGCAGUUCGAGGACAUCAUCGAGUUUGUGCGCCACACGAAACAAUGUGAUAUGAAUAACACCGUUCAGCACAAUGUGAAACUGGAGAGCAUCAAGAGCGAGGUCGACAUCGACGGUAGUUCCAAUUCGGGCCUCCAGCAACAGCAACAACAGCAGCAGCAUAUUAUCGCCAACGGUGGUGUUGUAGCGCUAAACGUUAGCCAGCACCAGUUACUAGCCCCUUCGCCAGCCCCACCGGCACCAGUCACCAGUCAAAUGCAUCUUCCGUCGGCCAUUCUAACGUCGGUCAUUUCAUCGUCGAUCGGCUCGAACGUGACCGCACACUCGCUGGCGAACUCGGUACACGCAGCGCACGCCGCUAGUCACGUGACCGCCAACGGUGGUAUCCUCAUCGCGGGCGGAUUACCCACCGUCCAUCCGCACGCCCAGCAGCAGCACACUCCGCCCGGUGUGCUCACGCAGCACACGCACGCACACGUGCAACAGCAGCAGCUGUCGCACCAUCUGAUCACCACCCAUCUGCCGCACCACCCGGGCCAGGAGCAUGCCGGGGCGACGGCCGUCGAUCUGCACCACCAGGUCAACUUCCACCAUCCGCACAUCACACACCUGCCGAAUCUGUCACACAAAAUCCUGUCGCCGCUGUUCCACAUUCCGACGUUCAACAACAACCACAGCACAUAA